AUGGACAGUGAGGAAGAAAGCUUGCCUAAAAGGCGAAGGUUUGGAGGCCAAAGGCAAAGAUUACACAGAGCUGCUGCCCAAGAAGUGAACAAGGACCAGCCAGCAAACCAUUCAGCAUUGGCAACAGCUUUGCAGGAAUUGUUUUGCAUUGGAACCUUGAGUGGACAAGAGGUUCAGCACCUGGCCAGCCAAGCUGCCCUUGAUUUGGAGAGAGCAAAGCCUUCUUCUACACCCAAGCCUUUGGAGACCCUUCAGAAGUUGGGACCAGAAGGUGUGCACAGCAACAAUGUCCACAGGGACAUGAUGAAACUGUUGUCAGCACAGUGCUUUGUGCCUGAAGCUAAGCUGUGCCAAAUUCCAUUUACAAAGGAUGGUGCAAAACACUUCCAGAGCGUCCUCUUGCCACAUGAAAUAUUUGCCUGGCUUUUUGAAAAGCACAAUGACAGAUGGCAACAAAUGUUUAUGCCAGGUGGGCAAAAGCAAGUGGACACUUUUUGGAAGCAAUGCAAGCUGCAUCCUUCAAUGGCAGGAAACCAAGCAGUGCUAUCCAGAAACCUGAGAAAAUCAUUGCCAGUUGCCUUGCAUGGCGAUGGUGUGCCAACUGUGGGGAUUGGCAAGUGCUGGGGGAAGCUGAUGGAAUGUUACAAUUGGCAUGGCUGUUUGGCAACAGGUGGCACUAGAGCUUGUCAUAUGCUGAUCUGGACUGCUUACCAGAAGUUUUUCAAACCUGGAGAUGGUGGUACAUUGGAUGCUGUCUUCAAGAUCAUUGCCUGGAGCUUCAAAACUUUAUUUUAUGGUGUUUGGCCAGCUGCAGACUGGAACAAUGCAAUGUAUCCACCUGAUUCUAUCCUGGGGCAGAAGGCAUUGGGCAUCAGGGAUUGCUUCUAUGAUCUGAGCAAGAUCAGCAUGUUCCUCAAGAAGAACACCUGCAAAUUGAAAGGCAAGGCUGCUCAAGUCAAGGGCUUGGUGUUGCCUUUGGCCCAUGUGUGGGAAAUACACUACAACCCACAUUGUGCGACCCAUCGCAAGAUCAGAGCCAUGCUGCUGGCCAAUUGCACCAUGGAGGAGCUCAUGGCAAAGAACAAGCAUGAGCUGUCCUUUUCAAGGGCAGAUGCUUUGGAGUUGAAGAACAACUGCUAUAUCAUGUCACAUCUCAUGUGGGACCUCUCCCAGCAUUUUGCUUCAGAGGAUGAGGUGAGACUUCCCAACAUGUUCAUUUGCACUUCCAAAUUGCACAUGCUCAUUCACAUUUGUGAGUAUGCUCAUGCCAUAUCACCAAGAGUGGUAUGGUGUUAUUCAGCUGAGAACUACAUGGGCAUCACUCGCAAGAUCUGCAGGAACUGCUCAAAGGGCACCCCUCCCUUGCAGGCUGGUCAGAAACUCUUGGAGCAUUGGAGAAUGUCCUUUGCCCUGGAUCUGGCAGAUGGCAAAAAGCAUUUGUUUGCGCUCAAGUAUGAUUCUUGUUGCAGUGCUUAG